CAUCCCGGCUAAGGGAUCGGGCAUCGGCGGCGGCAGGCGUGUGUGUUCCUCUGUAUCGAGCUGCGCUCGCGAUCCUCUUCUUCCCCUUCCCCAAGUUGUACUCGAAUCAAGUCUGUAAUCGCCAUAGAUCGAAGAGGGAGAACCAGAGAGUGCCUCACAGACGGAGAAGAAAUGUCUCGCUUCCUCCUGCGCCGCUUCCUCUGCUCCUCUUCCUCCACCACUCCCGCAGCUGGCGCAGGUUUCAUCCGCGAGCUCGCCACCCUCCUCGCCGCUGGCCGCUUCUACGCCUCCGUCGACCUGGCGAAAUCACUCCUCCUCUCCUCCCAGCCACCAGCCACCUCCGUCCCCGACCUCUAUCACGCCCUUGUCUCCACCGCUGCCGCCUCCCUAUUCGACCCGCAUCCCCCAUCCUUCCUCUCCGACGCCGCCUCCGCGCUCGUCGUUGCCUCCGCUCGGCUUGGCCUCCCCGACGGCGCACUCCGGCUACUUUCCCUCCUCGCCGACGCCCGCGCAACUCUGCCGUCCCUAUCCUCCUGCAACCUCCUCCUUGAGUCCCUCCUCUCCCUCGGCCGCCACGCCGACGUGCGCCGGGCGUUCGACCUCCUAAAUGCCGCCGGGGCACGCCCCGACACCUUCACAUGGAACAAGGCCAUCCAGGCGUGCGUCGUGGCAGGUGAUGUCGACGAGGCUGUCCGGAUGCUUCGUCGGAUGGAUUGUGAAGGCCACGGCGCCCCAGCGCCCAACGCCUUCUCAUACAAUGUGGUCAUCGCUGGACUGUGGAGAGCAGGAAGGGGUAGUGACGCUGUUGAGGUGUUUGAUGAAAUGGGAGAGAGGGCUGUGUUGCCAAGUCAUAUCACGUACAAUACGAUGAUUGAUGGACACAUCAAGAUAGGGGACUUGGAGGCUGGUUUUAGGCUGCGGGAUCAGAUGUUGCAUCAUGGCCUGAAGCCGAAUAUGAUCACUUACAAUGUGCUGUUGUCAGGGCUGUGCCGUGCUGGCAGGAUAGGCGAGACGGCCACAGUGUUGCAUGAAAUGAUGUCACGAAAGAUGGUUCCGGACUGUUUCACAUAUAGCAUUCUGUUCGAUGGUUAUUCCAGAGUUGGAGACUCGCAGGCAAUGCUUUCCUUGUUUGAGGAGUCUGUGAAGAAGGGUGUGAAGAUUGGGGCUUAUACUUUUAGUAUUUUGCUGAAUGGUCUUUGCAACGAUGGCAAAAUUUCAAAGGCAGAAGAGGUACUGCAGACGUUUGUAAAUGCAGGACAACUCCCAACAAGGGUUAUCUACAACACUCUUAUCAAUGGGUAUUGUCAGAUUGGAGAGCUUGAAGGGGCCUUCUCAACCUUUCAGCAGAUGAAAUCACGCCUUGUUAGUCCAGAUCACAUCACCUAUAAUGCACUAAUAAACGGUUUGGGUAAGGCUGAAAGGAUCACAGAAGCACAUGCUUUGGUCACAGAGAUGGAGAAGAAUGGAGUGAGUCCUAGUGUGGAAACUUUCAAUACGCUUAUUGAUGCAUAUGGAAGGGAUGGGCAGCUUGAAAAAUGUUUCGUUCUACUUUCUGAUAUGCGAGAGAAGGGGCUAAAGCCAAAUGUGGUCUCCUAUGGUUCAAUUGUCAAUACCUUUUGCAAGAAUGGGAAAAUCCCGGAAGCAGUAGCUAUUUUGGAUGAUAUGUUCCAUAAAGAUGUUUUACCAGGUGCACAGGUGUACAAUGCGAUCAUAGAUGCAUAUAUAGACUGUGAUGCCACUGAACAGGCUUUUACUCUAGCUGAAAAGAUGAAGACUAGUGGGGUACCUCCAAGUAUAGUUACAUGCAAUUUGCUGAUAAAAGGCCUUUGCAAGCAGUCUCGGAUAUCUGAAGCAGAGGAACUAAUUCACAGCUUAAGAAAUCAUGGAUUAACUCCUGAUGUUGUCGGCUAUAAUACUCUAAUAUCAGCAUGCUGCUACAGGAGCAACACUGAUAGAGCUUUGGAGCUUCAGAAAGAAAUGUGCAAGUGUGGCAUCAAACCUUCAUCGAGAACAUAUUGUAUUCUUCUGAGUGCAUUGGGUGGUGCAAGAAGAAUACAUGAGAUGGAAAAUCUGUAUAAAGAAAUGUUGGACAAGGAUGUUGUUCCUUGCAGUCGCAUUUAUGAUAUCAUGGUUGAGGCCUAUGUGAAAUGUGGGGAUGAAUCUAAGGUAGAAGCUCUGAGGAAGGAUUUCUCGGAAAAGGGGAUAUCAAUUGAUUAUGACACAUCCGUGACUUAGUUGAAUCUUCAGAAUGAAUAGCCAUUGAUUACACAUACAACGUCAACAGGCUGUUGCAGUUUCUCCGACUGCGAAAUCAUUAGCUGCCUAUCCCAGGUCUCCUUUCCAACUGAGAACUCCGAAGAUUGUGAAUGCUCCGAAUGGGGAGGUAAAAUCACCACCAGAUGUAACCCCCAUCUCACUGAAUCUCAAAGAACUUGAGGCUGAGGAGAAGCCUCAAAAAUCACUUAACGAGAAGCAACAGGAAAACCAAGACCUGCUAAUCAAGUGUGUAUCACAAGAUUUGGGAUUCUCCAGUGGUAGGGCUAUUGCAGCUUGCGUUAUAUACAGGUGUCUUCUGCACUGGAGAUCAUUUGAAGUUGAAAGAACUGGUGUUUUUGACCGUGUUAUUCAAACGAUAGGCUCUGCUAUAGAGGUAGGUCCAGGACAAUAACGACAAGUUAGCGUAUUGGCUCUCCUAUUCAUCCACAUUACUCCUACUUCUACAACGGACACUGAAAACAACUGGAGCAGCUGGACUCACUCCUCAGAGGCGAAGGUCAACUGCUACAUCUUUUGGGAGGUUUUUUUCGGGAAUUCGAGCUUCACC